UGUGUGAAAGUUAGCCUGCGGUUGCUGACGAUCUUCUUUAAAAUAUAUCUGAGGGAACUAUUUUGAUUAUUUAUCAUUUUAAAGAUAGUUUGUAUUCAAUCGGUUUCAUAAUAUUACUAAAGCCGGUAGCUAGCUUUUCGUUUUGGAAGUUGUGCAGUUGCCCUCUUUCGCUUGGACGUAUCGCAGCGUGCAGUCUCCAACUCGUUUGCCUCAUCACGUCAGUGCAGGAUGGUUAAUGUUUUGAAAGGGGUCCUUGUCGAAUGUGACCCUGCAAUGAAGCAAUUCCUCUUGUACUUGGACGAGACAUCAGCACUGGGGAAGAAGUUCAUCAUCCAAGACCUGGACGACACGCAUGUCUUCAUUAUAGCUGAAGUUGUUCAGAUCCUUCAAGAGAGGGUGGGAGAGCUUAUGGACCAGAACUCAUUCCCCUUAACUCAGAAAUAAAUAGCUUCUCUACGUUUUGGCUGAGAUCAAGAGUAGCGUUAAAAUAAAGGAACAUGUCGUUCUGCGUCAAAGAGACUUUACAACACUGGCGGUUUUGAGUUUUUUAAAAUGCAAAAAAUAUGAACGACCUUCCUCAAGUAAAUCAAUUAAUAGAUCGUUGUCCCUUUGUGCAUUUGUAUCUGUAAUCCACUUUUAUUUAAGCUGAAUGGUUGACUUGUUGAAUUUAUGUUGAAAUUCAUGUAAAGUUUCUGACUCAUCAGACAUUUCAUCGCCAUGUCUUAAAUAAAUACAAAUGAUUUGCAAACA